UUGAAUGGCGAAACGAAGGCAGCCAUGUCGAAGCAAUUGGUGGUAAUGCGUGCGGCUAAGGAAUGUAUGUGAAUUUGAACGUAGCAGUGUGAUAGCUAGCGAAGUUACGUUGUCUGUGUUAUAAACGUGAUGCUUAAUAAGGAUAUCCGUCUAUAUUAGAGUAUUAAUAUUGUUGAAAGCAUGUUCCAGUUUGUGCACAAGCUGUGUAAAGUGAGCAUUUAUUGUAAGAAAUAUUUCUAAUGCAGUUGUUACCCCAAAUACGGUGUAAUUGUCACAAGUUGAUAAUGUGACAUCAUCGUGAUAGGAAUAGCGUACUUAUUCAUUCGGUAUUGUAUGUUGUAAAUACAAACACAUGUUCGUACGUAAUAUUUUCUUGGUGGGUUACGUGUAAGCGUCAUACAUACGACCAUUGCUGUCUGUAUGUCGUGUAAGAUAAAGUGGUUUGUUGUAGCAAGAUGAAAAAGUUUAAUCUGAAGAAGGUUGUGAAGUGAAGUUAGAGGAUAGAGUCUGUGACUCGCUGGAUAUCAAGAUAUACAUAAUGGCAGCAAAUUUUGAUCCGUAUGACAAAUCAAGUUGGUAUUUUGGCCCUAUGUCUCGGCAGGAUGCAACAGAUCUGCUUAUGGGGGAGAAAGAAGGAGGAGUAUUUCUUGUGAGGGAUAGCACUACAAUACAUGGGGAUUUUGUUCUCUGUGUCAGGGAGGAUAGCAAAGUGAGCCAUUACAUAAUUAACAAAAUCCAGCAGGGGGAACAGACAAGAUACCGAAUUGGUGACCAGAUGUUUCCAGAUCUUCCUCAGUGUCUAGCAUUUUAUAAGUUGCAUUAUCUAGAUACCACACCCCUGAUCAGGCCAGCACCACGAAGGGUGGAGAAAGUUAUGGCCAAAUAUGACUUUGAAGGAAGUGAUCAAGAUGACCUGCCUUUUAAGAAGGGUGAAGUGCUGACUGUGUUGUCCAAAGAUGAAGAACAGUGGUGGACAGCAAGAAAUAGCCUUGGUCAGACCGGUUCUAUUCCUGUGCCAUAUAUACAGAAGUAUGAAGAUAAUCAACAAUGUCUGAGUGAUGGUCACAGACCAGGGUCAGGUGGUGGCACAGUCAGUCAUCAGCAGGAAGCUGCCAUACGUAGGACCAAUAUUCAGAGGAAGCUGCCAGCUUAUGCACGAGUGAAACAAGCACGUGUACCGAAUGCAUAUGACAAGACAGCACUGAAGUUGGAAGUAGGUGACAUCAUCAAGGUGACAAAAAUGAAUAUCAAUGGGCAGUGGGAGGGGGAGCUGAAUGGUAAGGUGGGUCAUUUUCCUUUUACACACGUUGAAUUUGUUGACUCGGAAAACAAUGAUGGGACUGACGAGAGCUAAAGGAUACAUGCGUUAGAAAAGUCCUGUGUUCAGUUGCGGCUGAAGGUGGAGUUCCAGCGAAAUGUUGGUGCAUAGCGGCUCACAAACAUAAAUGCAUCGAACCAGGUCAUUUGGUCAGAUUUGUAAGAAUCUGCUGCUGAUUUUAAGUUACUUUAUUCAGCUUAAAUGCAUUAAUCUUUUGUUAUGAACAAUCAGAAGUGUAUGUUUAAUCUGAUGUCUGUGGCGUCUGAAGCAGAGAACUGUGAAAUGUUCUGUGUAGCAGUGAUUGCCCAGCAACAGAUAUGAAACAGGGCUUAUGUAGCAUUUUCUCUGAAAAACCUAGGAGGAGAGAAAACAUGUGAGGCUGGGAUUCUCUCUUACCAUCCAGGGCAUUUCUCUUGAUAUUUGAACUCUAGGUGAAUGAUGAAAUUGGUUUAGCUGUGCAUAAAAGGAAAUGAGUGGACAGAGAAUCGGGUAAGAACUAUGGAUUUCCACUUUUCAGAGUGAUUUGUGGCAUAUUAUGGAAGUCAUACUUCUAGAAUUCUGUGGGAAAGGUGCAAUCCCAAAUGAAUAAUAAUUGUGUUGAAAGUAAUAAACCAUAAUACAUCUUAACCAUAGUAUAUGGGUGAAUUCUCUUUUUGUGACUGGGUUCUUGGCAUGCUCCCAAAGUUCUUUCACAGAAUACUAUUUAAGUGACCAAAAGAACGGAAUAAAGUGAUUUUGUGUGUGUGUAUAUGUGUAUGUGUACACUUGUAUAUUUAUGAAUUAUUUAGGUAUUAUAUUUUAAAAUGCAAACUUGACCGUCUUUACCUGAGUAUAGUAAUAAACUACAUUUAUAUCACUGCUCAAUUUGACCCAUAUUAAUUUUAUAAUUGUGUUUGUAUGAAUUAAGGAGUGUGAGAGGCUGUCAUUAACAAUAUUGUAUAGGAAAAGGGCCAGUUGAUGUUCCAUCUAUUUUUAUUUGUGAUUGAAUUUCCAAUUAUGGUGUAAUUGGACUGAGGGUUUAUAAUGUGACUUGGGUGUGAAGUCAUAAUGUUGUGGUCACAAAUACACACCAGGUGUUAACAUCCUCCAGAAUAUAAAUGACAGUCAGUAGGAGAAUAACAUGGCUAACAUAGGUUUUGGAUUCUUGAUCAUGAUUUGCACGACAGAUAUACAUUUUGAGAUAUUCAUGGUGGUGGGUGUUCAUAUCGUGUUCUUUUGGAUUGUGACACUAUGCAGCCUUAUAAGUGAAAAAAAAAUUUUUUUGAAGGAACAUACUCCCUGUCUUCAAGGUCAGAGCAACACAUCAAAUCUGAAGAUGGAGGCAGUGUGUUCCUCCACAGUGUUGGUAUGACAUAUGAGAUUCCAUGAUAUUGCAGUCCAAAAGUUAUAUGUUUUGUAUAUAUGAUUCAUUACAGAUGUCCUCUUUUCAUGCCUUAGGCAUUAAUGUUGUUGCACCUACAGCUGAGUGGUUGAAAUUAGUGAUAAUCAUUCCUGUCAUCUUUACUUUAACCCUUUCCGGUCAUAUGUCAAUAUACUAUAAUUGACAUGGUGACAGUGUUUUCACGGACGAAUGUCAAUAUAUGAUUGACAGAGUUUCUUUUGGCGUUUCUCAGGUCAUAUGUUGAUCUUAUGUUGCUACUGGCUACUGUAUUAUGUGCCAGCACAUUCAUAAAUGUUUUUUCUGCCAUCUGGAAGUCAUAAUUUGAGCUUCUUAAGGUAUAAAUGCCAUUUAUAUAUUAGAGCAUGUAACGUGUUAGUAACAUGCUUUUAUGUUCAGCGGAACCUCAACCCUCUGGAUUGAAAAAAGAAACGGAUAUAUAAUCCCUUGUGUGAUGUGGAUGAAGAAUCUGUUAGUGAUAUGUUAAAUGAAUUUGAUAUUGACUCUGAUGAUGAGGUGGAUUUGGAAAUUGAAGGAGAAAGUGUGAGUGAGAGUGAAACAAGUAUCGUUGCAUGUUGAUGGGCGGGAAGACGUCACAAAUGGGCGUCCAGAGACGGAAGGCAUAUACGUUUACUAAUAAUGAAGAGCCACAGUUUAUCCUUCUGCCCGAUGCAGAGCCCAUGGAUUAUUUUAAUUUGUUUUUCAAUGAUGAACUUUUGCAUAACAUUGUUAUAGAGACAGACAGGUAUGCAAGACACAAAAUUGCAGAAUUGCCCGAGGUCCAUGUGGAGUAGGUGGUCUGGUGUGUCUGUCCCUUAAGUGAAGGUGUUUUUUCUUCAAAUUAUAAAUAUGGGCCUAGUACCAUUACCUGACAUAAAAGACUACUGGUCUAGUGACAGGAAAACUCAGAUAAAUUUUUUUGGUAACUUAAUGUCCCGAGAUCACACCUUACAGAUAUUUCAGAUGAUGCAUGUGGGGAAAUGAUACCACCGAAGAAAGUACAUGGGGUGAUAGAACAUACAGAGAAACAGUUUCAGAAAAGUUUUGUGCCAAGUAAAGACAUUGCAAUAGAUGAUUCAACAGUUGGGUUCAAGCACAAAAUAAUUUUAAAAACUUAUGAUCUAAAAAUAUCAACGAAGUGGGGCAUCAGAUUAUUUGUAUUAGCUGACAGUGACACUGGUCAUAUUCAGAGUAUAAUUCAAAAUUACAGAAAACUUGCAGGUGACGUGUGUAACUUGGCAUACUUGAAAAACCAUUCACUUCAAGUAUAGUUCUUUCCUUGAUGGACAGACUAUGACUCAGUGUGUCUGGUAUUGAAGACUACUACCAUUUAAUUGACAGAUAUUAUAGCAAUGUUGAGUUGGCCCAGUAAUUGGACAAUCGAAAAUGUAAGUACACAGUUUCUUUUUCAGUUUAUGCCCUUGUUGCGCCAACUUUUUAAGCAAAACAGUUCACUUAGUUGUCAGGUUUUGUUAGCUGAAAUGUUCUCUGUCACAUGUCAUCUCCGUGUGGUUAGAGAGUCUAGUCAGCAUAGCGUGUUUUUGCAAUGAAUGAUGGUCACUCACCACAUUGACCCUGGUGAUGAAGUCUGAGGAGAUCACAUUGACAUGGCUGAUCCCCUGAGAAGAUUUUGGCACAUUUAUUUGCCAUACAAACUUCAAAUCAUACAUAAAAGUAGGGUUGUGUUACAUCCAUGUGUUUCUUCAUAAUUAUCAUCACCCUUCAGGCUAAUACCAGGUAUCACCCACACGGAAACCAGAACUGCCACCUGCCACAUCUUUACUUAUUCUCCUGUAUCAUUCAUCACCAAAUAAGAUAUGCAGUUUUCUCCCCAGUGUUUUAAGACUAAAGAAAUUAUGGAUGAAUUUGAAUUUGUGAACUUUGCUUCAGGGCAGUGAUGAUGAAAUGCAGAUGUAUUUUGUUAUGACUUCCAGUUGACAGCACUGAUGAUGCAUGUGUAAAAUCUCUCAUCAUAAAAACAUCAGGAGUAUUGCUGAGAAAAAAUGAUUGCAUCUGCUGGAUGCAUGUAAAGGUCAUUCAGCAUUGGAAGGAAAUACUGACCUUGUGAUCACACCUGGAGGGAUCACUUCAUGGCUCGUAGGUCUAGUGCAGGGGUCGGGGAACUUUUUUACUUAUUACCCCAAAAUAUAUUUAUUUACGUCAACGUUACCCCCUUGAUUUGAAAGAGAGAAAAUCAUAGAUUAUUCAAAUUCAAAAGGUUUAUUGAAUCUAUUUAUAUGGAGAAUACAAUUAUAAAUAAAAAGUAUAAAAUAAAUGUGAUAAAAUACGAGUAAAUUAAUAUCCUCAUUAUGAAACAAAAGGAUUUCUUAGAAAUUUUUUUUCACUUCAGGUUUUGGAGAAAUGAUGUUUCAUUUUUAAUACAAUAACAUCAAAAUUGGGACAAUUUGAUGUCAGAGCAAUUUGCAUACUGUCUUCGGGGUCCAGUCAAUGUCUCUGCUUUGUUUUUAUGUUCAGUAGAGUGGAAAAUCCUUGUUCGCAAAGGUAGGUUGUUGCAAAGGGCAGCAACUUUUUGACUGCAUUGUCACGUGCAAUUUUGAAAGCAUUUGCAGCUCUUGACAUCCAAAAAUAUGACAGAUCUGCUUUGUUUUCAAAUUAAAUACGUGCUUCAUUAUUGGAUCGAAGUUCAAGAAGUGCCUCUGCCAAACCUUGAGGCUCUUCUGGUACAUCAGCAAUUUCACAUUUAAAGGGAUCUACAACCCAACUGACAUUAUGUGAAUCAAGAUCUGGAAAGUAAUCAUCGAACCGCUUUUUGAGUUUGGUAAGAUGCCUUAUAACUGUGUCCUUGAUGUCGUCAAAAGUAAUAUUUUCACAAUCUUCCAAAAACAAAGCCAACCUUGAAAAGGCAGCAAUCUCGUUUUGUUCUGCUUUCUGUCUCUAAUAUAAAAGCUUUGAUCCAAACGCUGAAAUCUUUUCUCUGGCUGAAAUUAUAUUUGAUGUUUUUUCCUUGCAAUUCUUUGUUCACUGCAUUCACAUACUCAAAAAUGUCAGCUAAAUAUGCGAGAUGUGCAACCCACGAGGAGUUCGUAAACUUAUCUGCGAGAACAUGCUUUUGAUCAACCAUAAAAAUUUCAAGUUCAGUUUUGAGAACUCACACUUGGUUCAGAACAUUUCCACAUGACAGCCACCUCACUUCUGUAUGAUAAAGUAGGUCUGUAUAUUCAGCCUCCCCAUCUGUACAUAAUUCAUGAAAUAGUCGCGUGUUUAGUGCAUGUCCUUUGACGACAUUGACAACGUUGAUAACAUCAUGCAUGACGGCUUCCAGUGCAGGUUCAAAACGUUUCACAAGCAAUGCCUGGCGAUGGAUCAUACAGUGGUUAACUUCAAUUUUUCUAUUUUUCUCUCUCGCCAAAG